AUGGGAACACGCUCAGCUACAAUCUUGGGCUUAUCGCUGCUGCUAUGCUUGGGCCUUAGUCACUCCCACAGCUUUGGUGGAAAGGGCGGUGGCUACGCCCCGGUGUACACCAGCUUUGUGCCCUAUCCUGUGGCCCAGCCCGUCCCAGUGCCUCAGCCCAUUCCUGUACCGGUUGCGGUUCCACAGCCUUUUCCAGUCCCAGUAGCACAGCCUGUGGUUGUUCCUUUCAAGCACGGAUGGAAGGGGGGCCUGGGUGGUCUGGGCGGAUUCGGUGGAGGUGGCCUGGGCGGAUUCGGUGGAGGUGGCUUCGGAGGCUACGGUGGCGCCUAUUCUGGAAGCUAUUCCUCGGCCUACAGUUCAGCUGGUGCCUUUUCUGGAGGCUUGGGUGGCGGCGGUUACGGUGGGGGUAUCUUUAAGAGACGCUAA